AUGGGAAAUUAUAAAUCUAGACCAACUCAAACAUGCACUGAUGAGUGGAAGAAGAAAGUCAGUGAAUCUUACAUUAUUAUAAUAGAAAAAUUGGAAGAUGACCUGCAAAUCAAAGAAAAAGAACUUACAGAACUAAGGCAUAUAUUCAGCUCUGAUGAUGCCUUCACUAAAGUAAAUUUAAAUUAUCGGACAGAAAAUGGGCUGUCUCUACUUCAUUUAUGUUGCAUUUGUGGAGGCAACAAGUCACACAUUCGAACCCUUAUGUUAAAAGGGCUCCGCCCAUCUCGACUAACAAGAAAUGGAUUUACUGCUUUGCAUGUGGCAGUUUACAAGGAUAGUGCUGAAUUGAUCACUUCCCUGCUUCACAGUGGAGCUGACAUACAGCAGGUUGGGUAUGGUGGCCUCACUGCCCUGCAUAUUGCUGCAAUAACUGGUCACCUGGAGGCUGCUGAUGUGCUGCUGCAACACGGAGCUAAUGUCAAUGUCCAAGAUGCCGUUUUUUUCACCCCAUUGCACAUUGCAGCCUACUAUGGGCAUGAGCAGGUAACUCGCCUCCUUUUGAAAUUUGGAGCUGAUGUAAAUGUAAGUGGAGAAGUUGGAGACAGGCCCCUCCACCUAGCAUCUGCCAAAGGAUUUUUCAAUAUUGUGAAACUCUUGAUGGAAGAAGGCAGCAAAGCAGAUGUGAAUGCUCGGGACAAUGAAGACCAUGUCCCACUCCACUUCUGUUCUCGUUUUGGACACCAUGAUAUAGUGAAAUACCUGCUCCAGAGUGAUUUGGAACUUCAGCCACAUGUUGUUAAUAUCUAUGGAGAUACCCCUUUGCACCUAGCAUGCUAUAAUGGAAAAUUUGAAGUUGCCAAGGAAAUCAUCCAAAUAUCAGGAAUAGAAAGUCUGACUAAGGAAAACAUCUUCAGUGAAACAGCUUUUCACAGUGCUUGUACCUAUGGCAAGAACAUUGACCUGGUUAAAUUUCUUCUCGAUCAGAAUGUUGUAAGCAUCAACCAUCAAGGAAGGGAUGGGCACACAGGUUUGCACUCUGCUUGCUACCAUGGUCACAUUCGCUUGGUGCAAUUCUUGCUGGAUAAUGGAGCUGAUAUGAAUUUAGUAGCUUGUGAUCCCAGCCGAUCUAGUGGUGAAAAAGAUGAGCAGACAUGUUUGAUGUGGGCUUAUGAAAAAGGACAUGAUGCAAUUGUCACACUCCUGAAGCAUUAUAAGAGACCGCAGGAUGAACUGCCCUGUAAUGAAUAUUCCCAGCCUGGAGGAGAUGGCUCCUAUGUGUCUGUUCCAUCCCCCUUGGGGAAGAUUAAAAGCAUGACAAAAGAUGGUAGGUCUUGGGCUAAGGUUCUAGUUCAACCAAUUACUGACAGGUUUGCUUAUCUAUCAAAUUCAAAUCCCAAGGAUUUGACUCACACAGCUGUUUACACCAAAUGUCAUCCUGUGUACGAAGGCACUCUUCAUAAUAUUCUUCUCUCUGAGGAUGGACAUGCUGUAGUAGCAGACUUUGGAGAAUCAAGAUUUCUACAAUCUCUGGAUGAAGACAAUAUGACCAAACAACCUGGGAACCUCCGUUGGAUGGCUCCUGAGGUGUUCACCCAGUGCACACGCUACACCAUCAAAGCUGACGUCUUCAGCUAUGCGCUGUGUCUAUGGGAACUUCUGACUGGUGAAAUUCCAUUCGCUCAUCUCAAACCGGCGGCAGCCGCGGCAGACAUGGCUUACCAUCACAUCCGACCUCCCAUUGGCUAUUCCAUUCCCAAACCCAUAUCAUCACUGCUGAUGCGAGGGUGGAACGCAUGUCCCGAAGGAAGACCUGAAUUUUCUGAAGUUGUUACCAAGUUAGAAGAGUGUCUAUGCAACAUUGAGAUGAUGUCUCCUGCAUCAAGUAACAGUAGCGGGUCUCUCUCACCUUCCUCCUCUUCUGAUUGCCUGGUGAGCCGGGGCGGACCUGGCCGAAGCCAUGUGGCAGCUUUACGGAGUCGUUUUGAAUUGGAAUAUGCUCUCAAUGCAAGGUCCUAUGCUGCCUGGUCCCAAAGUGCUGAACAAUAUUCUUCUAAAGGCCUGUCUUUGGAGGAGAUGAAAAGUCUUCAGUUCUUACCCACCGACAAAUAUGGCUACGUGUCUGAUCCCAUGAGCCCGAUGCAUUUUCAUUCUUGCCGGAAUAGUGGCAGCUUCGAGGACAGCAGCUGA